UCAAACAUAUACCUAGCUUCAAUCAACAGAGUCCAAUAACCGCAUCCUUCUCAAGCACUUCCAUCAGCCCAACUACACCACACAAUGCCUUCCCCAUUCCAGCAGAAGUACUCUUCCCAGAACCACAAGGUCUUUGGCGACAACACCACCCCAGCUAUGCCUGAAGCACCCAAGCAAGAGGCCGACCGCCGUUCCUCAGAGUCUUCAGUUGGUUCGUCAUCCUAUGACGGCCGUCGUAGGUCUUCCGCCGCGCAGCGAUUUGGAAACCUAGAGGCUCUCAAGCGUCGUCAAGACGAAGAGAGCAUGGCUCGCAGGCAGUCAUUCCACGACGCAUACGGAAAGCCAGGCUUCAUUGGAACUCUUUGGAACAACUUCACCCGUGGUCCAAUCUCACCUUCUCAGAAGUAGCCUGAUUAGCAACUCUGAUAUUCCUUUGGGUCUAUUGAUUCAGUAUGUUAUAGCGAUGAUUGGAGUUCGAUGCAGCAUGCAUUGCCGCGUUUGCGCAAAAACAGCAUAGCGAUGGAAUUGGUCAGUUUUUAGACGACCAAAUGACUUGUAUUAUACCAAGAGGAUGUAUCAUAUUAUGAACUAUUUGUUCUUAUGA